AUGGACACGGAACACUUCCGUCCGAAGGAUGAUUUCAUCGAGCUCGUUCAACGGAGCUCCUACUGGCUACGGGCAAUGGCCACUACGAUGGGCAUCUGGCCUAACCGGUACGUUACGAUACGCCAGCAGUGGUAUCGACGGUUGUACUACUUUAUGCUGCUGAUGCACUGGCUCAACACCUAUCUGCAGACGGAGUUUUUCUUCCGCAACUUGGGCAACUUGAGCUUGGUUGUGCAGGGACUCUGUAGCUUUGUCAGCAUCACCACAACCGGCAUCAAGGUGAUGCGGAUGCAUGCCUACGAAGAGCAGAUUGUGCAGCUCUGGGAAGCACUAGAAGCAGCGAUCUUUCUCAAGAAGAUAAGAUUUUUGCGCAAAACCGACAGGGAAACUAUCUUCGGGCGCAUUAACAAGCUGCUUGCAGACCAGUGGAAGGAAGUGCAGCUUAAUUUACGCUUCUACACACUCGUGGUGGGUCUGGUGGCUUCUAACUAUUCGAUCAUACCGGCCUGCAGCAAUCUGUACAAUCAGUUCCAGGGUAAUGCGUACAACAGGAGCUUUGUUUACAACACGUAUUAUCCAUUUCUUGAGCCCAUCAAACGCCACUCGCCCCUUUUCGAGCUGUUGUUCUGCUCCGAAUCGCUGUCCGGCUUCACCACUUGGGCCGGUGUCGUCGCGUUCGAUGGCCUGUACGUUGUGAUGGUACUGUACGCUGCGUCGCUGAUGCGUUUGUUAAGAGAUUUAAUGCACGAAACAGCGAACCCGAACCUGUCCGAUGCUGAGAGAGCUUUCUUUCAGCGUGAAUGCAUUCUACACCACAUACGAACGAUGCAAUUAAUUGAAAGGAUAAAUGAGAUAUUUUCACCGGUUUUGUUGGUGCAACUUUUUACCAGCACUUCGAUCAUCUGUGUAAUAGCGUUCGCGGCCAGUAUGCAUGCGGACGAGGGCGACUCACAAACGAUGUUGAUGGUGCUCUACCUGAUAGCGGCUAUCUACCAGCUGUUCCAGUUCUGUUGGUACGGUCAGAGGCUCCAGAACGAGAGUACCGAGCUCCCAUUAUCGGUGUAUGAAGCACAGUGGGAACUUUGUGCAGAACGUUUCAAGAGCUCGCAUCAAAUCCUGCUACUCUACAGUCAGCGGCAGAUCGAUAUGCGUGCCUGGAGCUUUUCCGCCAUGUCACUCGAAACCUUCUCCACGAUAAUACGAAGUGCCGCAUCCUACUUCACCGUACUGCAGACGCUGGCCGAGGAAUAGGUUGCGACCAUCGUCGCAAUGCGC